AACAGAACAUUUGGAGAUAAAUUGUUUUAAGCGAUUCAUUAUGGUGAGAAAAUUUUCGCACGCUUUCAAACAGUUGUUACGUUAGUUAAAACAGUGUUUUAUUGAUUCAGCCGUUUUUUUAUCAUAAAACUUUACUCCUUAGAAUUAUAAACAAAGAAAUUGUAUUCGUAUACCGUAUGUCUUUAAAACAGUUUUAAUGAAGUAAACAGCUGACUAAGCAACAAAAUGAACAAAAUGUUAAUUGAGCAGUUGUUUAAGCAUUGCAGUCAAUAGAAAAGUAUCUUAAAGUUAAAAUGGUUUAUUUAAAAUUUUAGCUUUAAAAGAACGAAAUUAUAAUGAAAAACUCAAACUUGAAUAAAACUAAAAAAAAAAGCUUGCAAGCAUUUGGAAAAAUAACAAACCAACGUUUUUGUUAACAUUUUAUAACUUCAAAUUUAUAAGCGUAAAGUUAUAAAGGCUUCAUAAACGGAAUAUUAAUAAUGGUGUUACCACAGUUUUUCAAGCUUUACAUAAAUGUGUGCUUAAACAUGAAUUCGACUGUCGUAUUAUAUUACCUGUUUCCUCUGUCCAUAGUUUCAACUGUUCCGGGAGAGCAAAUUUCAUGCAAGGAAAAUUUUACUACCCCUUUUCUUCAAUACCCUGCGCCAUCUUGUGGUGGAAACAAAAAUAUUAUUUAUAGUUUUUGUGAACCAAGUAGAAUUUCAAAAUCGAGUACCACAUUUUUAUGUUUAACAACAAUAAAUUUUCGUUUAAUUACUUUCACAGCUCAGUGUUUGUCAUUAGAAUAUCAAACAUGGAAAUUUUACAUUGAGCCAUUAUUUCCAAAAUACAGUAUUUAUAUAAUAUAUAUGAUAUUUGGUGCACUAAUAUUUCUGAUAACAACAGUUAUAAACUUAGCUGUAUUAGUUGCUGUGGCAACAACACAAUUAUAUAAAUCGCUCAAUACCGCUGUUUACGCAAUGCAUAUGACUUUAAUUGAUUUACUGCUAGCUUUAUCUGCUCAAGUCUUGCACUUAUCUGUGACAAUAAUAAUCGAAGAAGGUUACUUUCACGGAUAUGUACUCACUUCAAAAAGUACUUUUGAAUCUAUUUUAAAUUGGUAUAAUCACAUUGACUUUAUAUUGAUAAACGCCCAGUUUGCAAAUUUGGCGUUAUUAUCUGUGGAAAGAUGUCUCGCAAUUUUUAAACCAUUUUGGCACUUACAAACAGUGACACCCAGAAAAUGCAUUUACUCUCUUGCAUUAGUAUGGCUUUAUACAAUAGUUAUAUACGUCAUUAAUUUUUAUACUAUUGACAUCCGUAAAGUGCAAUAUAUUUCUUUUGUGUUAGCAUAUGGUAUACCAACCCUGAUAAUGAUAUUAACUUAUUUUAUAAUAAUAUGGGAAGUUCGUAAUGCCAAAAAAUCCUCGGAAUCUUCAUUUAACUUCUAUAAAAACCAGCAAUUAGCAGUAACAGCAAAACUGGUGAAAAUUACUCUGCUGUUUCUUUUAUGUUGGAUACCAUUUUUCACUUGUCAGAUGAUGCAACUCAAAAGAUCCAAUAACAACGUCAGAACUGCAGCUAAAUGGUCUAAGUUGUUGUCUUACUGUCACUGCAUUUUUGAUCCCAUUCUAUAUUCCAUUUCAAAUUCUGAAAUCAAAAAAGGAAUAAAACGAAUCAUUCUGACCAUUAUGUGUUGCGGAGAGCAACCAAACAAAAAGGAUCAAACAUUUUCUUUUAUGAUGGAUACGCCUUUAAAUCAAAGAAAUUCUAAAUCGAUUGUGAUAGAAAAUAAACGUUACGACAUUUCAAAUGAAGGCUCUCCACAAAUUUAAAUGAAAUUAAUAAUGAAAACAAUAAAGUUUAUUUUGGAUAAUACUCUUCAACAUUUUGUUGGUACAUACAGUUUAGUACAAUUAUUGAAAACAUUUUAUAAUCAUGAAACGAUGUUCUUGUAACAUGUUUUUUAUAUUAUGACACGAAGCAAAAACUAAAAUAGGAAGUCAUAAACCUCAUAUAUUGAAUUUUUAAUUAAACGUUUUUAAAUACUUAUUACCUAUCUAUUCAUCAGCUAUUAGCUAGUCUAAUUUUUGUGAGUUCUGGAUUUUAUAAUUUUGUGAAUACCAGUAGUGUAAUUAAAAAUCCUAGAUAAUUUCAACAGCACCGAUUAUGCUUUUAUUUUGUUACCAUGUAGAAAGUUGGUAUUGAUAUUAAUGUUGAUGUUUUACAAUCAUUUCAGAAAUUUUUAAGAUUUUGUGAAAAAUAUUUAUCUAGUCAAAGCGCAAUUCCUAGAACGAAGAAGUCAACUUAAAUUAACGUUUAUUUUCACUAGCUAUAAAUAUUUAUUGUUUACAAUAUAUUAUAGGCUGUGUUUAUUUUUAUUUAACUUUCAUUAAAUAGUAUCGUUUCACAUGUAACCAACUGUUACCAAGUCGCAUAAUUUAGCUAGCCCAAUCUUACCAACUGGAGCAAAUUAAUUGAAUUUGCAAUUGAUCCAAUCGCAAUUCAAAUGGCUCAAUAAAAUGACACGGUUGGUGUCGUAUUGCUAUAAUGGUGGCAAACGCGUUUUUUGCAAACUUUCAUUGCACCACAAGUAAUCUUGUUAUACUACUUUUAUUAUUUACCAGUGUUUUU